GAGAAAAACUCCAGAGUUGCAAUACAAAAUGUCACAUAGAUUGACGACGUGACAUGCAAAUUAUCAUGCCUGCCAGUCACCUGGAGUUUCCACGCCCAUUUCGAGAGGCAAUCAUUCCAGACACGCCCAAAAUAUUAUGCCGAAAAUUCCUGCGCAUGCGCGAGACUUUCAAAUGGGGAGCGCGCAUUUAUAGGAAAAUAUUUGUACGUAUAUAGAGGAUUAUUGAACCCUGAACACGCUUUUUUUCAAAAUUUUAUAUAUUAACUCAGAAUGGAACAACUUCUAGAAGAUUAUGCGCUCGUGGAAGAGGCCAAUAAGGAAAUCACAAUGAUGCUUCCAAAAGCCAGCAUUAGUUUAGUGAAAAGGGGUACUAGUGUGCUAACUUUGUUGCUAGAGUGGAUUGUUAAUACAGCAAAACACCUCGAAGAUAUUGAUAAAGCCUUUAAGGAGAGAGAAAAACAGCUAGCUGAAAAGCUAAUCAGAGCAGCAGAGGAGAAGGACAGAAGUCUUGCAGAGUGCCAGUCUAUUGAACAGGAAUUAGAAAAAGCCAAACGAGAAAGGGACGAUGCAAGAUUUGAAUUACAAUGCCUACUGAAGGAAUUGGAGGACAUCAAAGAAAUGGAAGAAGAGGCUGGGAGGCUGCAGCAGGCCGUUGAUGAAGACACCACUACAACCAUUCCUUCUGCAGUGUAUAUUGCUCAGCUUUACCACAAGGUGACAAAGAUUCGGUGGGAUUUUGAUAGUGAUCCAAGUGUCAUAAAGGGUAUUCAUUAUGGACCAGAUGUAGCCCAACCAAUUAAUAUAGACAGCACUCAGCACUCAAAAAGCUUUAUUUGCGACCAUCUAUGGAGUUUGGUCAGCACUGAAUGGUAGCAUUUGCAGCGGUGGAGUGCCUGACAACAAGGACAGUAUUUUUUUGCUGUUUUUCAUAGCUGUAAAGAAUAACCUGAAAGUGUUGCACAACGAAAUAAAUGUGAAGCUCAUGAAACUUUGAACUGAACAACUCCUGGCAUGAGUUUCCAGCAGUGAAUAUGUUUUCUACUAAGGGAUUUUUGGAAAUAAGAAUGAACCAAACCUGUGCCCUCUUACACAGGUAAAUAAGGUGAAAGGGACUCAAAGGUAUUUGCCUUUUUAGACCGCAUGCUUUGUAUGCAUCCUAUUGGACUAAGAUAAAGAUGGUGCUUCCACUUUCCUGAAUAAAUACAAUUUUCAUUUGUAGUUGUAUUUCAUAUUUUAUUGCCUUCUUGAUGAUCUGUUGAUGAUUUCAUUAAGUAUAAUUUCUUUGGGAUUAGUAAUAUUGAAUGGGAAUUAUAGCUACCAGAUGGAUCAGUCAUAUGCCUUUUUAACCUAUAGGAUAUUCUCCUUAGGCAUAAAUGUGCAGUCUAGAGUCAUGUCAUAAGAGAAUUCCAAGCUUUUAGCUAUUUUAUUCUCCAGAACAUUCUACAUCCUGCCUGUAAGCAAAGCUACAUCAAGAAAAAUAUUUUUGUUGAACAUAUGGUUAAGAACAAGGAAAAUAAAUGUAUGGAGUUUGCAUUAAAGAAGGUACAAUUCUUGUAGAUCUCUGAGUCCCCUCAGGGACAGAUGUCAGAGUAAUUUUCUAGAUGUUUAAUUUGAGUCCCGAGAUCUCUCUUCAUAAAGAAAAUUCAGAUGUCAUCCCCUUCCAGACCAAUCUUGUGAUAGCAUUGGCAUUUAGUUGGGUGGGCACCUUAAAUACAGGUACUGCACUAUAUUCUCCCUUCAAUUUGAAAUGCAACAAUGCUGGACUUACUGCAGCUGAUAAAAGCAAAGUUCCUAACUGCCAAAAAUUUCUCAAAGCUUUAGUUUACAUGUCUUUGUUUUCAGGGGAGAAUGUGGAAUGUUCAGUAGAGGGCACAGACCUGAUUUUGUUUUGAGGAUUCGUGCUCACAAAUUUUUUCAUCUUGAAAGCAAAUAAAUGUAUGUUACAUUACAGUAAACUUUGUGUUAUAUUUCAUAAAAGUUUUGGUUCUUAAAUUAUAAUAAAGUGAGACAAAAACUUA